AUGGCGCCUAACGAACAUCCAAAACACUUGUCAAUCCCCGCUCAUGGUACCUCCGUCGUCACUUGUCUCUUACUGUCGCAUGGCCGUAUUGUAUCUGCGUCGGAUGAUCAUUCCAUCCAUGUCUACUCUCCUGCAACCAGUGAAUUGCUGCAGUCGUUACGCGGCCACGAGGGUGGCGUCUGGACACUAGCCGCUAGUAGGGACAUCCUCGUCAGCCAUACUAGCACUGUUCGCUGUCUCGCAAUCGUAAGACCAGAAGUAAUCGAUGUCGAAGGGGAGGGAGGAGUUAUCACGAGAGAGAAGUGGCUGAAACAAUCUCUUUCAGGUGCAGACGAUACAGACGCUGAACUGACUGAGGACGUCAACGAGAAUCCGUACCACAAAUCACACCUGGAAGGGCACGACCACGCCGUUCGUGCACUAGCUGCACGGGGACGCAUGCCCAUCCCGGGUAGUUUUGACUGGGAGUGCAAGUGGGUGCUAGCGGGGCGCACCCAAAAAUGUGUGGUUUUAGACAUACGUCGCAUCAUUGCUUGCUCGGGAUCGAUGGGCUGUGCUUGUCAACAGAUGCUGACCGGGCAUGCAUCCCUUGUUGGAUUACUCGGCCUGUCCCCCCCAUUUGAUUUCCGCCGCUGCCGACUCCACGUUGCGGAUCUGGGAUCCCGAUACUGGCGAGCUCCGUUGUCUCUUGAGGCCCACAGUGGGGCCAUGUCAUGUUUUCAACAUGUGUUUGAAGUACUCAGUGGCUCUGACGGGACCUUGAAGAUGAACCUUGCCAAGGAUUUACUCACCGACGACGAUUGGGACAGCGAAUCGCCGGGAGGUAUCUAUGACGAUGAGACAAGUGAAGAAGACGAGUGGACACGAUGGGCUAGGGUAUGCAAAAGGUUCAAGGAGUUCCGGUGUUAUCGACAACGGCGAUCGUUGCCGUGGACCUUCAGUCACAGAAUGAGCCCAUGGUGCUGA